AUGCAUUAUGCAGAUUUUAGAACACGAGGAUGGUUUUUGGUGGAUAAUGUUUACGUCGUACUGGCCCUCGUGGGAACAUAUUUGGCAAUUGUGGCGUUGGGGCCAAUACUCAUGAAGAAUCGACAGCCAUUUGAGUUUAAAAGGCUUAUCUUAGUCUACAACAUCACCGUUGCUGUGUUGAAUGCGUACAUCUGCUACGAGUUAUUCUUGAGAUCAAAACUACUGAAUUAUACCUGGACCUGCUCGCCCAUUGAGUCUGAUGGAACGGAUCCUAAUGAAGUGCGCCUGUCAACGGCAAUCUGGUUGUACUACAUCACUAAAUACAUUGAAUUUCUUGAUUCUUUGUUCUUCGUGCUGCGCAAGAAGGAAAAUCAACUUUCUUUUUUGCAUAUUUAUCACCACACAGUAAUUGUUUUAUACAGUUGGCUCAUUGUGAAGUUUUUCUCAUACGGACUACAAAAAUCUCUGUUUGAUCUUUUAGCCUACUCUCCCGUGAUGUUUAAUUCUGGUGUCCAUGUUAUCAUGUACAUCUAUUAUGGAUUGUCGACUCUUGGUCCAACCGUUGCCAAGUAUCUUUGGUGGAAAAAGUACUUAACAUUGGUUCAAAUGAUUCAAUUUCUCAUUGGAAUGAUAAUUGCAAUUACUGCCUAUUUUACUAAAUGUGCAUUCUUCUCAUCAAAAAUAUAUUUGAUGAAUUUCUUCUUCAUCGGUGGCUUUUUCCUGCUUUUCCUCAAAUUCUACAUUGAUUCGUACAAGAAACCAGCGAUAGCCACCAAAAGCGCAAAAGUUCAGUAG